AUGAAUAAAACCUUCGUCUUUAUAAAUUUAAGUGAUGAAGAUGACGACGACGACAAAGCUGCUGAAGUUACUGCCGCUACAAAUAGUAGUCACGACGUUUCAAAAAUUACAAAUAAUAAUAAACAACAACAACAUCAACGACAUCAACAACAACAACAACAACAACAUCAGCAACAUCAACAACAAUUUGAUAAAUAUAUCUCCAAUAUUUCAGAUUCUACCGGAAACUUUCCUCAUAAAAUGACUAGAAAAUGCGUGGCUAACGACGACGAUGAUGAUUACAUUCACGUUAAUGACAUCAGUAUCAACAACAACAACAACAGCAACCACAACAACAUCAACAACAACGACAACAACAACAACAAUAAUAAUCCCUUCCAAAGUAAUAUGACCGACACAGAAAACGAAGAUGACGAAGAAGAAGACGAAGACGACAGCUACACUACCGAUAGCAGCUACAGCAGCGACAAUAAUAAAGCGACGGCAUACCAAAGAUACCAGCAGUUGGAGAAAGACAGACAGGCAAAUCCACACCACUAUCAAAAAUGCCCAAAUGCUAAAAGAAGACACGCCCGUAAAAGGCCACAAAAAUAUAUUCAACAAAAUUCAUGUUGCGCCAAUUUUGUUGACAACAGUUGUAGAAGUUGUACAGCAACAAUUAUAUCCCUCAGAAGAACUUAA